AUGACUCCUGAUAGAGAACCUGUAGGAGUCAUACAUAUGAUAACAAAAGGACCCAAUAAGGUCACAAGGCGGUUCCCACUCGACCACUCGGGCAUUGGUCCCAUGAAUCAAAGCCAAAAGGCAAAUAUUCGCCAGACUAGGUCACAAGACACGCCACUAUGGAGAAAUGGGCCACCAGAGAAACCAGUGUUAUGCAAUGCCUGUGGAUCAAGAUACAGGAUUAGAGGUACACUUGCAAACUAUACACCUAAGCAUGCCCAAGGACAACCACUUGCUAAAAGGCUAAGAACUACCUCCAAAUGCAAUUUCAGAACUGAAGAAAACUAUUCCACUGAUGUUUGCCAUUCUUCUUCCGAUGAUGAUUCUACACAAUCUGCAAUAUCAUGUUCUCUGAGCUCCUGCUUCAAUGUAAAUGAAGAGAAUGUAGCCGAAAGUCCAGGUGGAAUCCAGGAAAGCUUCUGGAGAUCAUGUAUACCAUCAAGAAAGAGGUCAUUACAUGUUCAACGCAGCCUUACACCCAUUGAAAGAUUCCAGAGGGAGCUUCGCAAGAUUUUGAUGCAUGAUCCUUUAAUCCCAUCUGAAAAUGAAGAUGAUAUUCUCAUUUAUAAUUCAAACCACCUGCGAGUACCCCACAAUGAAAUUGGUCUUGGAAUCUUUCUUCUCAAACCCCACGCUGCUGCUCCUACUGCUUCUUCUUCACCACCACCAGCUCAUGCGACAUUCUUCUCUCUUGUGGAUGUUAAACCUUCUCUGGUGGAUAUCAAGGACGCUGUUUUAAAAAGCUCUCUUCUCAAACCCAACACUGCUCCUGCUGCUUCUCCUGCAGAAGUUGGACCACCUCAUGAGUCACCCUCCUCUCUUGUGGAUGUUAAACCUUCUCUGGUAGAUGUCAAGGAUUCUGGUAGAUCCUCAUCAUCCAUGUAA